AUGAAGUUCAGCUCCUCCGCCGUUCUCCUGGCUGCCGCCCUCGGCGCCUCUGCUCACCCCAGCGGCCACGCUCACCAGCGUGCCCACGCCAAGCGUGACUUCAUCGUCGCCAACAACCCCGUCACUGUUUACGAGACUCACGUUGUCACUGCUGCCGCCGCUCCCGCUACCGCUGUCCCCGAGGCUCCCGCUCCCGUCGAGCCCAAGAAGGAGGAGGAGGCCGUGCCCAAGUCCUACGCCGCCAACGGCCCCUCUACUCCCGAGCUCCCCACCCUUAACAAGGGUAAGAAGCACAGCUCCGGCUCUGGCUUCAAGCCCUUCUGUGGUGGCAAGAAGGCCAAGCGUGCCACUCUUGAGGACAUCGCCUCUACUGGUAACACUGGUGUUGAGGGCAGCUACGGUUGCAACAUGAUGACCGUCGACUCUGACGUCGCCGACAAGUACACCUACACCACCACCUUCAAGAACGACCACAGCGAGGACAAGCAGUGUGCUUGCUGGAACAAGAUCGGCCCUCUGGGCCUGAUCGAUGGUUUCUUCGCCAAGAACAUUCCCCUCCACUUCACCGUCUCUGGCAAGAGCUCUCAGGUCGUUGCUUUCGACGAGGACUCCCAGGGUGGCUGCGCCUGUGCCUCCAAGGAGGUUCCUACCACCGCCAUGGGUCUCGUUGCCGGUACUUGGCUCGAGUUUGACUUCGGCAGUGAGCGCAACGGUGGCUGGUCCGGCGCCGAUGCUUCUUGCCUUGUCUCCGCCAAGGAGAACCUCGACAUCCCCGGUCUCCGAGUUUGCGGUCACAACACCUGCUCCACCAUCAACCCCGGUGGCACUGGCGAGAACGCCUACCUCGGCGGUAUGGAGGCUGAGGAUGGUAUUGGUCUCAACAUCAACGACAAGAAGGUCCGCCUCACCGUCGACAUUGACUACUCCGGCAAAUAA